AUGCCUUCUGCACAGUCCUCGGACCUGACAAGCGGUCGCCAUGCCCCUGUUGUCCUGUUGACUGACCAACUGGAGAAGCCUUCGCUGGACAAUCGCGAUUACCGUGUUGUACGCCUGGAGAACGAUUUGGAGGCUUUGCUGGUUCACGACCCCGAGACCGACAAAGCCAGUGCUGCCCUGGACGUCAAUGUUGGCAAUUUCAGCGAUGAGGAUGGCAUGCCUGGCAUGGCCCAUGCCGUGGAGCACCUUCUGUUCAUGGGCACCAGAAAGUUUCCGGUUGAAAAUGAGUACAGCCAAUACCUGUCUGCCCACUCUGGCAGCUCCAACGCAUAUACCGCCUCCACGUCUACCAACUACUACUUCGAAGUCGCGGCCAAGCCAGAAGACGACCAAGAUCCCUCAGAUACUAAUCCUUCGCCCCUAUACGGAGCUCUCGAUCGCUUUGCGCAAUUCUUCAUCGAGCCACUGUUUCUUUCCAGCACUCUCGACAGAGAGCUGAUGGCUGUUGACUCCGAGAACAAGAAAAACCUGCAGAAUGACAGUUGGCGCCUCCAUCAGCUGGAAAAGUCGCUUUCCAACCCCAGCCACCCGUAUUGCCACUUUUCCACCGGUAACCUCGAGGUUUUGAAGACUAUACCGGAGUCGCACGGUGUCAAUGUGCGCGAGAAAUUCAUAGAGUUUCAUGACAAGCACUACUCCGCCAACCGGAUGAAGCUUGUAGUCCUUGGCCGCGAACCCUUGGAUGUUCUACAAAAGUGGGUGGUGGAACUGUUUUCCAGCAUCGAGAACAAAAAAUUGCCGCCCAAUCGAUGGACUGAGGAAGAACCCUUUCGAGAGAUCGAUCUUGGCACCCUGUGCUUCGCAAAGCCCGUCAUGGACACGAGGGAACUGGGCCUCAUCUUCCCAUUUAUUGAUGAGGAAGCUCUGUUUGAGUCGCAGCCAAGCAGAUAUGUCACCCACCUCAUCGGACACGAAGGUCCCGGAAGUAUCAUGUCAUAUCUCAAGGGCAAGGGCUGGGCAAACAGGCUCUCUGCGGGCGCGUAUGCGAUUUGCCCCGGAACCCCUGGCAUGUUGGAUGUCGAGAUCAGGUUGACCGAAGAGGGCCUGAAACACUAUCCAGAAAUUGCCAAGGUCUUUUUCCAGUAUAUUGCCAUGCUGCGGGAAUCACCUCCGCAAGAGUGGAUCUUCGAAGAACAAAAAGGCAUGGCCGAUGUCGACUUCAAAUUCCGACAAAAAACGCCCGCCAGCCGCUUCACAAGCAGGACCAGCUCCGUCAUGCAGAAACCUCUCCCUCGCGAGUGGUUGCUCAGCGGGCAAGGCCGUCUGCGAUCCUUUGACCCUGCCGCCAUUGCACAAGCGUUGGAAAAGGUGCGACCGGAAAACCUCAAGAUGACCCUUGUCUCCCGCAAUUUCCCGGGCCACUGGGACAAGAAGGAGAAGUGGUACGGAACUGAAUACAGCUAUGACAAGAUUCCCGCAGAUCUUAUGGACGAGCUGAAACUGGCUGUCAACCUAUCCAAGGACAAGCGCCUCCCAGAUCUACAUCUGCCCCACAAGAACAACUUCAUACCCAACAAACUCGAGGUUGAGAAGAAGGACAUUGCUCAACCCGCCCUGGCCCCUCGAGUUUUACGUAAUGAUCAAGCUGCGCGGACCUGGUGGAAGAAGGAUGACACAUUCUGGGUGCCCAAGGCCAAUGUCAUAGUCAACCUGAUAAACCCCAUCGUCUAUGACUCUGCGGAGAACUGCGUCAAGGCAAAGCUCUUCACCGAACUUGUCCGGGAUGCACUGGAGGAGUACUCGUACGAUGCCGAGCUAGCAGGCCUUCAGUAUUCCGUGUUAAUGGAUUGCCGUGGAUUGUCUUUGGACAUAUCUGGAUACAACGAUAAGCUUCCCGUCUUGCUGGAGCAAGUGGCUGUUACCAUGAGAGAUCUUGACAUCAAGGAUGCCCGGUUCGAAAUUCUCAAGGAACGUUUGACACGUGGGUACCAAAACUGGCAGCUGCAAUCGUCAUACCAGCAGGUUGGUCAUUACACGAACUGGUUGAAUGCCGAGCGCGAAUACAUUGUGGAGGAACUUGCCGCAGAGCUUCCGAAUGUUACCGCCGAGGCUGUACGACUCUUCCGUAGACAAUUGCUGUCUCAGUUGUACGUGGAGGUCUAUGUGCACGGAAACAUGUACAGGAGCGACGCGCUCAAGAUUACUGACCUGCUGGAAUCGACCUUGCGGCCUCGCAUGCUCCCUGAAUCUCAAUGGCCCAUUAUACGAUCGCUGAUCCUUCCCCCUGGAUCCAAUUUCGUUUACAAGAGGGAUCUCAAGGACCCAGCCAAUGUCAAUCAUUGUGUCGAGACAUGGUUUUACGUAGGUUGCCGUGGCGAUCGUCAAGUACGGGUCAAGACCAUGUUGGCCGAGCAGAUGAUUCACGAACCCGCCUUUGACCAGCUAAGAACCAAGGAGCAGCUUGGCUACAUUGUGUUUUCUGGCAUGCGUAUCUAUGACAGGACAUGCGGGUUCCGUUUCCUGGUGCAGAGCGAAAAAACACCCGAAUACCUCGAUAGACGUAUUGAGGCUUUCUUGGUCCAGUUUGGAAAGAUGCUGGAAAAGAUGAGCGAGACCGACUUUGAAGGCCAUAAGCGAAGUCUCGUCAUCAAGCGACUCGAGAAACUCCGAAAUCUUGAUCAAGAGUCCGGAAGACACUGGGCACAAAUUUCAACCGAGUAUUACGACUUCGAACAGGCCCAACAGGACGCUACCCACGUCAAGGCUCUUACCAAGGCCGAAAUGGUCGAAUUCUACCACACCUACCUCAACCCAUCAUCUCCUAGUCGAGCUCGAAUCUCGGUUCACCUCAAGGCCCGCGGUGCAGGCGACCUUGACGGCAAGAUCCUGAAGCUCUUGGCCAACUGCGGCGUCGCCAACGUACCUCAAGAGAAUAGGCAAAGCGUUGACCUACUUCGGAGCCAUCUGGAGAAGCUUGAUGACGUACCUGCAGACGAGGUAGAGAAGAUAGUGUUGCAAGUCAAGGAGAUGGGCCUCAGCCAAGACGCGAACAAUGAGGUGGUGAACGGACCGACGGAUGAGAUGUCGGCAGUCGAUGCGGCCCGGGAAAUCACGGAUGUGCGUCAAUUCAGGGCUGGUCUACCGGCUAGCUCUGGGGCACGGCCUGUCAAACCAAUCAGCGAAUUCGAAGAAAACGAGCCCAAACUUUAG